AUGGCCACACGAACGUUGGAGUCGCGCUUCGAGCGCAUGUCUGUGAAUGACGAGAACGACCCAUGCGAUGGCUCCAAGCUCUAUUCCAAGGCUCAGUCAAUUGUCAAGACAUCACAGCUGGCGCACAGCUCGAGCAGACCGAACCUCAUCAAGGUCGCCCUCCAGUCCCAGAGCACCAAUGCCGUCGCUUCGGUAAAACUCCCCUCGCAAUCAGCACAACGUGAGGCGAAAAACCCUACAUCACCGACGAGAAAGCCCCUUCCCUCCAGCUCCUCAAGGACGUCCGACGAGGUCGUUGAGAUUGAGCGCAAGUCCGCCGUCUCCGUCGUCAUCGAGCCCGCACCUCCCAAGGUCUUCCACCUCGGCAUGUUCGAAAUCGGUCGCCCUCUUGGCAAGGGCAAGUUCGGUCGUGUAUAUCUCGCCCGCGAACGCACAAGCGGCUUCAUCUGUGCCCUCAAGGUCCUGCACAAGAACGAGUUGCAACAGGGCCGCGUCGAGAAGCAGGUCCGUCGUGAGAUUGAGAUCCAGAGCAACCUGCGCCAUCCCAAUAUUCUCCAGCUGUACGGUCACUUCCACGACAGCAAACGUGUGUUCCUGAUUCUCGAGUUCGCCGGCAAGGGAGAGCUAUACAAGCACCUCCGCAAGGAGAGCCGCUUCCCCGAGUGGAAGUCGGCACAGUACAUCGCCCAGAUGGCCUCGGCGCUGAAGUAUCUUCACCGCAAGCACGUCAUCCACCGUGAUAUCAAGCCCGAGAAUAUUCUGAUGGGAAUCCACGGCGAGAUCAAGAUCUCUGAUUUCGGCUGGAGUGUGCACGCCCCCAACAACCGCCGCAACACCAUGUGUGGAACGCUCGACUACCUGCCGCCUGAAAUGAUCAAGCCCGGCAGCUCGGACAACUACUACAACGAGAAGGUCGACCUUUGGAGUUUGGGUGUCUUGACGUACGAGUUCCUUGUUGGUGAAGCGCCAUUCGAGGACACGCCCGUCAUGACGCAGAGGAGAAUUGCUCGGGCCGACAUGACUGUGCCGUCAUUCGUCAGUCCCGAGGCGAAGGACCUGAUUAAGAAGUUGCUUGUCCUUGACCCCGAGAAGAGAAUACCCCUGGACCAGGUCCAAACCCACCCGUGGAUCGUCAAGCACUGUGUAAAGGGCGAGAGAGCGUCCAACCGUGAGAGAAACUCCUAA